UCUUUCUAUGUCAAAUUCAAUUUUCCAUUUACGAAGAAAAAGAAUUCUAAAAUAUUAAAUAAAAAUGAAUGAAAAUGAUGAAACCUCUAACGAAGGACAAAUUUUGUCCGAACAAGAACGUGAACAUGCACAUAAUGCACUUCAAGAAUUUACAAAAGGGAAUUAUAUUGCUUGUUUACAACAACUAAAUAAAUUGGAUAAUCGAUGUAACGAUUAUAAAGUAAUGCAUAAUAAAGCAGUUGCCGAGUACUAUAAAAGUGAUUUAAAAAAGACUGAUCAAUUUAAAAAAGCCUUAAAUGCAGUUUUUACUCAGGCAAGAAUGCGGCCAGAAGUAAUUGAUGAUGUGGAACAAUGCGUUGCACAGUAUAAUUUAGCAGUUUUAUUGUAUCAUCAACAACAGUACGCUGCUUCGUUAAAGAUUGUUAAUAGGUUGCUCAGUUUUAUUGAACCCAUGGACGAUGCAUUAUCAUAUAAAGUAUGUUUAUUAUUAAUUGAAUUACACAUAGCAACGUUUCAACCCGAAAAAGCGUUAAAUUUAAUUACUUACAUUGAAAAUCAAAUAAUUAAUGCAGAAUUACCAAUUUUAUUAUCUGGUGAUCGAGAAAUAAAAAUAUUAAAGAAAGAUUCCAAAGAGAAAAAGAAAAUUGAUUCAGUAACAGAAGUUUUUCAGAAUAAACUAAGUAAAUAUCAUACAAGAUGUAGUCUAAUGGUACACGAUUUAAAAAAAAUUAAACGUAAUAUGUUUCUCACUAAUUCAACCGAUACAGCAAAUUUAAUGUUGAAAGCAAAUUAUGAAUACUUACGUGGAAAACAUAAACAGGCCAUUAAUAUUCUGAAAUGUGUACCGCCAAAUGAAUUAGAUUAUAAGCAAUGUGGUGAAUCAUCAACAGUAUUAUUUUAUAACAAUAUGGGUAUAAUACAUCAUUCGCUAGGGAAAUUUCAUUUAGCUGCAUACUAUAUUCAACGUGCAAUAAAGGAAAAUGAAAAUGUGAAUACAAUAUUACCGAAAAUUGAACCAAAUGAACCAUUAUCCGGACGUCCUUUAUACACUUUAGGUGGGUCACGUAAACAGGAAUUAAUGUUAAAUUUGGGGAUUACAUUGUUACAUGCUGGACGGGCUGUGCACGCAUUUGAUUGUUUUGUAACUGCUGUACAACGAUAUCAUAGAAAUCCUAGAAUAUGGUUACGAUUAGCCGAAUGUUGUAUACAAGUGCAUAAAAGUAGUAAUAAAAUCGAUUUUGAUACAAAAAAACAAAGUGAAAUUGUGAAAAGUCAAAUUGGUAGUGGAAAACAUAGGAAAAUUAUUUUAGCAUCGAAUCUAUCGCAAGAUAAAAAAUAUAGCGCCGAAAGUCAAUCGUAUGCUGUUCCUGUUCCUACUUUAGAAUUUGCAAUGCUUUGUUUGCAUAACGCAAUUUUACUAUUACCAACAGAAGUUGUAAUGGUAUCACCACCGACCACAUUAACUGGACCAACAGGACCACCACCCCCAUCAGGUCCAAGUGUUGCACCAUCGUCAGUGGCCACACAAGAAGAAAUAACAAGUUUACGUAAAUCUGUAUUCACAGCGGCUGCAUAUGUUUCAUUAUGUUUAGGCAAUUAUAUAAUGACAUUAGAAUAUUCGAAAAUGUUAUUGGAUCAACCAGAAUUAUCUGAUAUUCAUCGAUUGUUGGGAAAUUUAUAUGCAGCGGAAGCAUUGAUAUUAAUGAAUAAAAUUCCAGAAGCUAUUGAACAUUUAAAUCCCGAUUUAUUUGGUAAUUUAAAAUUGGAUAACGAUGCUCCUAAUGAUAAAAUAUCUGAUGAUGAAUUUUCAAUAAAUACAAAACCUCCAAAAUCAUGGUUUCCGAAUAAUGUAGAAACAAUACAAAAUUUAAUAAAAUAUAAUUUAGCAGUUGCACUUGUAUAUCGUGGUGAAUUAGAACGUGCCUCGGAAAUUUUAAAACAAUUAUGGUUGUCGAAAAGUUCAGUAUCACAAAUUCCUAUUCAUGUUGUUAUGCUAGUUUUGUAUGUGGAAUUACAAUUAGGUCAUACAGAACUUUCUAAAUCAUUAGUUAAACAACAUUGUUUAAAGUUUAAAACUUAA